AUGAUGUUUGCCUGCGCGCUGCCCCUGAUGUUCUGGGGAGACGCGGUACUAUACGCCGUUCACAUCCUCAACCGGAGCCCUAAGCAAGCUAACGCAAAGAGAGCGUCACCACUCGAGGUGCUGACGGGCAAGACGCCGGAUCUGCGUGGAAUUGUCGUUUUUGGCUCCCAGUGCAGCGUGUAUAGAGACCCGCGCAAGAACUCGCUGCUGCAGCGCUCGGGGCGCGCCAUCAUUGUCGGCGUCAGCGAGGAAACCAAGGGCUACAAGGUGCUGCUGCCGCGUGACAAUAAAGUGGUCGUCACGCAGCACAUCAAGAAUAUUGAGACACUGACGGAGGCGCAAAACGCGCAACUCCAGCGCGCGAUGGACAUCGGCGAUCGAGCCGGAGGCCAGGAGGAGACGGACGCGCCAGCAGCAGCAGUGGCGAACGAUGGUCGCGCAGAGGGCAACAGGGAGACGUGUAAAAGCAGAAAGAGAUGGACGCGAAAGGCGCAUGGAACACGCGGGGCGUUGAAACGCGCAGAAGCGGCUGCUCGUCAGGAGGAGACAGCCGCGAGCGGAGAAGUCGUAAAUGCUGCUUUCGAGCAUGAUCCGCUUAACUACGGACAGGCGAUGCUCAGCAGAAAGCGCGAAGGGUGGAAGAAGGCGAUGCAAGAGGAGAUCGCCGCGCUCGAGGCCAACGACGUCUGGACUAUUACAAGGCGAACGGCAGGACAGCAUGCGCUGCACACAAAAUGGGUCUACAAGACCAAGACAGAUGCACAGGGCGACCUCGAGCGGCUGAAAGCGCGACUGGUGGCGUGUGGCAACGAACAGGUGCUUGGCGUCGACUACACGCUCACCUUCGCUGCCGUGAUGGACCUAUCGACGGUCAAAGUGAUCCUGGCGCUUGCGGCUACGUGGGGGGUGCCUGCCAAGCACGGUGACAUCCCCAACGCCUACGUUAAAGCGGACAAGGAGCCGCACCUGCGCAUCUACCUACAGAUGCCGCGCGGCAUGCCAGUCUCGAAGGAGACGCUACGAGCGCAAGGCGUUUCGAACACGAGCGAGCUGGUGCUGGAGCUGCGGAAGAGCCUCUACGGGCUCAAGCAGGCAGGCCGGCUGUGGAGCCAGCUGCUGCACUCGAAGCUCUCUACUGCCGGUUUCAAGCGGUGUGAGAGCGACAUGUGUUUUUACUGGAAGAGCGACGGCGACGACCUCGUCGUGGUCGGCGUGUAUGUCGACGAUCUUCUAGCGACAGGGACGAGCGCGGCGGCGGUCGAGCGGUUCUUUGCAAGCCUCGCGUCGUUGUCGAUCAAGGACCUGGGGCGUGACAGCAAGUUCCUGGGAAUGCGCGUGACGCACAACGGUCAGAAUGGGUACACGCUCGAUCAGGAGGAGGCCAUAAGAGACCUCUUACGCGACAACGGACUCGCUGACGCCAACUCGACGUGGACGCCGAUCGACGACAGCUGCUACGAGUUGGAGGAGAGCGACGCGGAGCUUCUUGGGACGCCAAGCGCGAAAUUAGGACCGACUGUGCGCCAGUUUCAGUCGCUGGUCGGCUCGCUGCUCUGGGUGGCGCGUUGCACGCGCCCUGACAUAGCGUUUGCGGUGCACAAGGUCACGAGACGAGCCCAUGCGCCUCGACUAGCAGACUAA